UGCCAAGGGCGACAAAUACACGCGGGGAAGCCAGACAAGGCUUGACUUGACGAUGGAAAUGUGCCACUAAGUUUGUUUCUAUUGAUUGGUCUCCCCCACCUACAGGAAAUGGCACCAAAGGCAGCUAAAAAGGACAAGGCUAAGAAAGCCCCCGCCACACAGGGCCCGGAUGUCCAGAGUUGGGAGAGUGGUCUGGCUAAUGCACAGUUUGAAGAGGACCAUUGGCAAGCCUGUGUGUGUUUCGUGGUUGGAAAAAGUCCAGAUGACGAGAACCUUAUCCCCAUUCUGAAUAAAGCUGUGCAGCAACCGCAACGCAAACGUUUUAGUUCACUGACAUGGGAACACACAGAGGCCAAGAUUGGUGAAUAUGGGAAUCCCAAAGCUAAGAAACGUGAAAAUUUUCCUCAAUUUUAUGAGGUCACAUUGUCUGCAAAAGUGCUGCUAGAUGCAAAAGAGGAGAUCCCUGCAGAGCUGAUGUCACAAAUAGUCAAGUUUAUGCUCCUGCAGAUCAAAGAUAGCGACCAGCAGAGGAGAAAAACAGAGCAAUCUGAGGAGACAUCUGCAUCCACCAAAGACAAAGGAGGCGGCAAAGGCAAAGACAAAAAGUUAAAGGAGGAGGCACCUGCCAAACCAAAAACAAAGCUGAAACGCAGGGAUGAUGUGGAGCCGCCCAAGUACAUAGACGAUGAGCCAGAAGACGGCCCUCAACACUACAUCCUGCUCCUGGGCUUUCACAAGCCUCACCUGGUGGGGACAUUGGAGCCUGCAGGUAUACACGUUUCCAACAUCAUCAAGUUGAGCGCCACGCACCCAACGCAUGACGAUCUGCAACAGGAGGAAGAAGAACAAGAGAACUCUGAGACCGAUACCAAAUCGGAAGAAAUUGCUGCUAAAGAGAAGUGGGAUGCUCAGGCCAAGGAGCUGGACAACUUCUGGUCUGGUUUUAGACAAGUGUUAGACAACAGCCUAGCAACCUCCCGGCUGCACAAUGUGGCUCAGCUGGAGUACACGGUCCCGGACAUCCUGACGACCGUUGACCCGGAGGAUCCCGAGGCUGUGAUGGGGUUAGCUACACAAAUGUUUGAUGGUGUAGCCCAUCUUAUCUACGACUGUCUGGACUGGCGAAGGCAGCACCAACACUACAUUGCCACCACCGAGUUCAUAGCAGUGCCCUCUGUGGUCACGGUGGACCCCUCUCAACCUCCAGAGCCUCCACCAGUUUUAUUGCCACAGUCCAAAAAGUCAGGGCGCCCGCCUCCUCCAAAAAAGGUACAGGUGCCUCUCACCACUGAUGUGGACAUGAAUCACUACAACAGACUCCUGGACAAGAUCCCACCUGAGGCCUGCUCGGUGCCACUGAUCUUGCACUGCAUGCUGGAGCAGGUUGUGCUGAUUGUGUUGUCAAGUGAGCAGCCACCUCAGCCAAAUGUGUCUGAUGAGCCGGAGCCUCAGAAUGUUCCCCCUCUGGACCAUCAGCUGGUAGGUCAAAUGCUCCACAGCGUCCUGCCUGUGGUCCAUGCAGAUGAGAGGAGACACCUGCUGUAUAGUUUGUUGAGCACAGUAAACAGCGAAGAGGACAAGGAGAUGAUUAAGGAGCAGUUUGAAGAGACUCCCAAGAAACCUGAGCACCCUGUGAUCAUCAGACACCAUGAUGAAAGAGCACUACGCUUAAUUGGUGUAAACGAGAUUCAGGAUUUUGAUCUAGGCGAGGUGGAGGCAGCCAUGAUGAUGUGGUCACCAGUAUGGAAGCUGAUUGUCUCUGUGGCUCAGCGGCACAGCAGCUCCUGCUGGAGGGCCAUCAAGCAACAACUCCAGCACCAGUGCACUGAUGAUGAGGUGUCAUGGCCGCAGGUGGAGCGCCUCAUUCACCAGAGUGUGUUUGAGAGCAUGCAGCUCUCAAAGGUGGAUGAAAAAGGUGUACUGGCAAAAGAUUCCGGAACUCUGGGCAUGGUGGAAUCAGUUAAACAACACCCCAUAAUCCCAUGGGACAACCCGCUGUCUUUUGCCAAGAAGAACCUGCGCAAGAAAGGGCCAAAGUUUGUAGAAGACUGUACUACCACACAGGUCAACAAGCCACAAGAGGAUCAUCUAUCCCUGGCAGACAUUCAGAGUUGUCGACAAAGGUCUCUCUUGGAUUGGCACUAUGUGGAACAUUAUGACGCUACCAUCUUACCUCAGGUCCUCCAGUCAGCCGCCCAACAAUAUCGCUGUCUGGACACCCUCCGAGGAAGUCAUAAUAACGUCAUGUACAUUUUCUGCCACAAUCCCAUACAUCCUAAUCGCUUCUGCAAUGAAUUCUGGAAUGUAGACAUGCACACGGAUGUCAAGUUCAGGAUGUAUUUGGAGCACGUAGCAGACACCAUUACAGAGUGGACUGAGAAAGAGGAGCUUAAGAGACAACAAUUAGAGAGCACUAAUGUGCACCGUGCAGAAGCUCCAAGAGGUCCAACACGCUCGUUAGAAGAUGAAGAGGAAUCAAAGGAGCCAUUCAUCACUAAAGACUCCCUUAAAGCUUCCUUGUUGGAGGAGGAGAGGCAAAAGGAAGAGGAAUCCAAGAAAGGUAAGAAGUCAGGGAAGGCAUCCAAGGGGAAGCAGACGGAUGAACCGAAGUCUGUGGAGUCCAAGAAAAGUGAGAAAUCUGUGCCGGCUGGAGGGAAGCACAACAGCACCUCAGCCUUGAUUGCAGACCAGUCCCAUGCCGGUAAAGUGGAUGACAAAGAGGAGUCCAACACUGGAUUCACAGGCUUUCAAAUGGAUGGAAUGUUGAUCCAUUUGUCGGGCCAUCUCCAGUACCUCUUCCCAUCCGAUGGAGGUCACGUUACCGUGGAGAGCAUCAAGUACAUGGCAGGUUCCAGUAUGCUGAAAGUGGACGUGAGGAAGGAUGGUCAUCAUUUCUACACACACAUUAGCCAUGUUGUCAACCCAGCAAGAACUGACAUUAAAGAACAUAUGAAGAUGACCACAGUGAAGAGGCGCUCCUUUUCGGCCCUGUUAGAUAACGGCGUCCAGCUCUCAUUCAGUUUCUAUGGGCCAACGGGAGAAUACAAAGACAAUCAAAAGGUCACAGAAAGUCACAAGGAAACCGAAAGAGGGCCACAAAAGUUGAUGGAACCAGAACCAGAACCAGAACCGACCCUGAAUCCUUGCACGGAAGACACCCCAAAUAGUGACAAUGGCCCUGCUGAGGUGUGUGAAGACCAAUCACAAGAGUCCCCAUGUCCAUUCAACAGCCUCAACAUGUCCCUCCCAAGCGGCCAACUGCUGCAUUUCAUGCGUGAUGAAGAGGAGCAGAGUAUGAUGGUACGACUGAGUUUUCACACUCCGGGUCACCAGCACCCCUCCCUCUCCAAAGAGGCGUCCCGCACAAUCACCGGCCAAGGAGCCGUGAUCCGAUACAUGCAGGAUGGCUCCUCUGAGGUGCUCUUUGCAGAUGGGUCAGUCAGCACCAGCACGGAUUCUGGUCCAGUGUGGGCGCAAGAAAUUGACCUCCCCUCCACAGACGAGCAAAAUUCAGAGGAGACUCCUCCUUCUCCUCCUCCUCCUCCUUCACCUCCUCCUCGAGGUUUUUGGACAACUACGACUCCCUCCGGUGCUCGAAUCAGUACUAUUGGUAGCACACACCAAUAUAACCCAACGAUCGCUCUUCUAACCUACAAGACGUCAGACCCGAUCACACAAGAUAUGAUGCUGAGCCGGGAAGAUCUUGUGGUUUCAGUCCAGAAGCCAGAUGGAUCUUUGAAGGUUGAACAUGCAGAUGGAACCAGGAUCACCACACUUUACCACGACAGGUCACCAAGGAUGCAAGAUGACAUGCAGCCUACGGGUGAGACUGCAGCAGGGAGCCCUGAAACACCCGCCAAAGAGAAGGUGGUGUUGGUGGAGAAUGAGGCUUUUGCCACCGUGGUGAUGUACCCGGAACGACACAUGGCUGAAAUCUGGUUGGUGGAUGGGACCGUCAUCACUGGGAACAAGAAGGGAGCCUAUCAGGUGGUCCCAUCCAGUACUGGGCUCCUGCAGAUCCAAAGUCAUGGCAAGUUUGUGUACACCAGUGGGCCCCCUCAGGAUAACUUCCCCGCUUACAUUAUGAGCCAUACAGACACAAUGACCUUUUGCGUAACGGACCCUGAUGGAAACCACUUCCAGGUGAUGGAAGAUGGCCAGGUAACAGUGCUUAACAUUGGCCCACCUCCAUGCAUGCUUCAGGAGGUUGAGGAGGAGGAGGAAGAGGAGGACAACACAGAGGUGUCAGUGAGUCUUGUGAAGGACAGAGGACAUUAUCCCAGGCUCUUCCUAGUGCAUGAGGAUGGUUCUGGUCUUGAACUUCUGAGUUCUCAAACUGUGUCAGAGCUGCUGUACCAGGCCCACUUAGACCCUACUGUGGCUCUGUUGAAGGACCCGCUGCCAGACACACAAGAUGAGUUUGGCAUCACCAUCUUGAAGCCCAGCCAUGAGAGCGUGCGCUCCAAAUGGGUGCAGGAAAGGCAGAACCCUGAAGUCAUGCCUCAGAACCUCGGCUCCCGCGGCUUGCACGACUUCCCUUGUGUCGAGAGGUCAAGUCCUGCAUUUGAGACCACUACGGUACAAAGUCCUACCUUGGGAAACUGUACCGGUUCUGCAGUAUCCACUGUAGACCUGCAGAACUGCCCUAAGGUCCUAGAAAUUAGGGAACUUUACCAGCACAGAGCCAUCACCAGAAGACUUAAGAACAUUGUGGAUAUGCGACUAAAGGAGUACAUUGGGAGUUUGAUGGGGAAGGCUAUGUGGUCAGCAGAUGUGAUGCUCAAGGAGCCUCGCACUGAAGAGGAGCGUGUCCAUGCAGGUGUUCUGCUCACUCAGUCUCUGACGAAGGAAGAGGAUGAAUGCUGCGUCCUUGAAAGCAGGACCCCUGGGGAUAUUGGCAGCCUCUACAGCCAAGCCAUGCAACCUCCAGAGGAGGUAUUGGAAGUUCCUGAGGAUCUCACCGUUGUACCCAGCGCCAGCUGUGAGGUGAAAGAGUCAAAGUGGACAGAUCGACUGGAGCAGUACAGACAGGAGCUUUUUGAGGUGAAAGCUUGCAUAGAUGCCCUGAGGAAGAAGCUUGUUGUGCCAUACUUCCACCCAGAAAACACCUCAGUACACCAGAAUUUUCGCCUCCAUGGAAGUCCGGACAUUUGGAAGCCAACCUUUCCCGGGCCAGACGGUACAGACGAGGCCUACCACUUUGACAUCCUACAAGAUAAUAUGCAAUGGCCAUCCAUCCCAAUGCCUACUCAUUCUGCCAGUCAGGCAGUCGUGAGGAACAGGACACCUGGGGUGAUGCCUCCAACUGCAGGUCAAAGCAGUUGGAUGGACUUCUAUGGCCCACUUAGAUCAACCCAGGCGGAUGUGAGCAGGGAGCCCAAGCAGAUGACUAUGAGACUGCCGUCAACGAUUGUCAGCUCUAAACCCUUCAGUGUGCCAAAUUAUCACUUCCGCUCUGUGGAGGAUCCAGUGCGGCGCAGAUGUCGUACCAUUUCGCUGGCUGACCCGGGUACCGUCAUUAGGGGCUUUGAACUCCGCCCGUCCAGCAUUGACUUUGGGACACAGAAGGAGGGUACAUCCUCUGCCAUCACUGUGGUGAUGAAGAAUGUGGGCGUGGACACCUGCAGAUUCCACGUCAAGCAACCGCCAAUCUCUUCAGGCCUGCGUGUCAAAUACCAUCCAGGGCCUGUGCCUGCAGGGUUGCACGUUGAACUGCAGAUUGAGCUCUUUGCUAUGUGUCAAGUCCACGAAGGCUACAUGGACCCCAACAAUUACAUCUUCCAUGACAUUGUCAUCCGCACAGAGACUGACAUCAUCUAUCUGCCUGUCAUGGCCAUCGUCCUACCUGAGCGCUUCUAUGACAUUUGGCUCAAGGGUCAGUCCAGCACACGCAAGAAACGCUGCAGGGCGCCCAAACAGUCUUCCAGCCUUCCAGCAGGUCAGCGGCUUGGACAGAAUGCCCCCAGUGCACCAGGGGCUUAUGCUACAGCACACACAGGUGGAUUUGCACAAAAGAACACAUUUAAAUGGAGUACACCAUUGCAUUGAUCGACUAUUUCUAUUGGGGUUUUUUGCCAGGACACCAUAAACGCAACGCUAGUCUGUGAAGAACACACCAAUCCUCUGAACGAUGACAUCUGAGUUAAACUAAUAAAUAUGAAAACUACUUCCUAGUUUGUAAAAGGAUUUAUUAAAUGUGACUUUUUCACACAUGAUGUAUAGUGUCAAUGGCAUUGAUAGGCCUAUUUCCCAAAAUAUGUUUUAUUAACAUGGCCCUGUGUGGAAAAGUGAUUGCCCUCUGUUAAAACCUAACAUAACUGAGAUUUAUUGGGAUCUAUCCGUUUC